UAUUAUUUGAACAUCAAUUUUGAUGGGAGAUAUGGAUUGUAAUUGUGGAGAUUGUGGAGACUGUGGAGAUUGUGGAGAUCUAGGAGGAAUUUGUAAUGAUUGUGGAGAAUGUACUGAUUUAUAUACUGAUUGUAAAAAUUGUUGUCUAGAUUGCUGUGAUUGUAAUAAUUUAGAUUUUGAUUGUGGUAAUUUUAUUUGUAGAGAUAUGUGUAUAAGAUGUUGUCAAAAUCCAGUGGCUAAUAAUUCAAGAAUAAGAAGAAUUAUAUAGUCAUUACUAAUAUUUACAUUAUUAAUUGUAUAAUGGAUUACUUCUGCUUCCAAAAUUUCAGAAUAUACAAAUAAUAAAGUUCAAAUUAUGAAUGUUAAAGAUACGUUAAAAUUAGGUCCAAUCAAUGACUUAAGCUUAUUAACAUAAUGCCCAUCCAAUACUAUAGUAAUGACUAAUUUUACAAUUCCUUCAAUUGUAACAGGAUGUUAUUGUCCAGAUUAAAACCAGACACUUUUCCUUGAAAUAUGUAAUUAAACAUAAAAUGGAUGUUCAAUCUUAAGCGCUUCAAAUCCAAUCGUAACAAAUAACUGGGGAUACAGUGAAUCAAUGAAACCAUUUUAAUUAUGUGCUUCAAGAACUAAAAUUAAUUUUGAGAUGUUAAAGGAACUUAAUAUAAAAUUACCUUAAGAUUGUAGAGCUAAUGGCUUGAAAUUAUGCCAAGAUUUAAAUAACGAAUAAAAUUUUUUUUGUGUUGAAAUUACAGAAUAAUGUCCUAUUAAGGAUAUUUAAAGAAAUAAAUAAAUUCUUAAAAAUUAUGAGAAAAUAGAUUAAGCCCAAAUAAUAGACGAUAAUUAUUUAAUUGUAACCAGAAAUACUUCAAAUAAUUAUUUACUAAAUUUUAAUAUCACAAGAGGAUAAGGGAUUUGUUAAGAUAGGAAUAAACUAUCUUAAGGUAUAGGUGAAGAUUAUAUAAUGAAUUCAUAAUAAUGGGAAGAAUGUAAACUAGAUUUAACUUUCAAUCCUUUAUUUAAAUUGAAAUUUGAAGAAUUUAUAGAAUUUAAUGAUUUAAAUAAUACAUUCUAGAAGACUAGACCUUUGUUCAAUUAUUCAUAAGAUAUUCAAUUAGUUUUUUAAAGUUCUCUUCCAACAAUGAAUAUAAUUAAUUUUAGUUCUCUAUUUGAUGAAAUUGAAAUGGCCAUAAAUUUAUUAUCUUUAUUCAUAUUGAUUAGUGUAGCUUAUUGGAUUUAUAUGAUAGUUAUUAUCAUUAAUGAAUUUUGUAGAUGUAUAUUUUCAGCUGCAGAAGCCUGUGGAUAAAAGUGCAAAUAAUAUGUUACUGCUUUUUUAUUUUACUUUGUAAGAAUUGGAAUUUAAAUACCUUUAAUAGUACUUUCAUUAUUAGGAUUUCUAAUAGUAAUUUAGACUGAUAAAAGUAUCAAAAUGAUAGAAAUAGAAUAUGUUCACGAUUAAUAAUCCGAAUAAAUUUUUAAAUUCUGUUCUGAUAUAUCAUUAAGUAUUAUGAAUUAAUAUAAGUUAUUAUAAGGAUUGGUUUUUGCAUAAUUUCUUUUGGAUAUUAUAGUGAGUGUUUGGGCUUAUUAUGAGGAACAAAAAAAGAAGAAAUAAAAAUAAUAUUAGCUUUAUAAUUUAAGCCAAAUAGUUUCCCCUUAAUACCUUUAACAAACAAAUUAGAAAAUAGAUGAACAUAAGAAAAAUUGA